AUUUACAUCAUGGCGGACGGAAUCGACAGACGCGCGGAGGAGCGCAUGGAGUUCAACACCUCCAAGGAGGUGACGGUCGCGCCGACCUUCGAGGACAUGCACCUGAAGGAAAGUCUGCUUCGCGGAGUCUACGCUUACGGAUACGAAUCGCCUUCGGCUGUGCAAUCUCGUGCGAUUGUACAAAUCUGCAAAGGUCGCGACACUAUUGCCCAGGCCCAGUCCGGUACUGGUAAAACUGCCACAUUCGCGAUCAGUACCUUGCAGAUUAUCGAUACUGUUGUGCGCGAGACCCAAGCUCUGGUUCUCUCCCCGACCCGUGAACUCGCAACCCAAAUUCAAUCCGUCGUUAUGGCUCUCGGUGAUUACAUGAACGUCCAGUGCCACGCUUGCAUUGGAGGAACCAACGUUGGUGAAGAUAUCCGCAAACUCGACUACGGCCAACACGUUGUCUCGGGAACUCCUGGUCGUGUGGCCGAUAUGAUCCGGCGCCGAAACCUACGCACACGUCAUAUCAAGAUGCUGGUUCUCGAUGAAGCCGAUGAGCUCCUUAACCGCGGUUUCCGUGAGCAGAUUUACGACGUUUACCGUUACCUGCCUCCCGCGACGCAGGUCGUUGUGGUCUCUGCCACCCUCCCAUACGAUGUCUUGGACAUGACCACAAAGUUCAUGACUGACCCCGUCCGUGUCCUGGUCAAGCGUGACGAGUUGACACUGGAAGGUAUCAAGCAAUACUUCAUUGCCGUUGAGAAGGAGGAAUGGAAGUUCGACACACUUUGCGAUCUGUACGAUACCUUGACUAUCACCCAGGCUGUUAUCUUCUGCAACACCCGCCGAAAGGUCGACUGGCUUGCCGACAAGAUGCGUGAAGCCAACUUUACUGUCUCCAGUAUGCACGGCGAGAUGCCUCAGAAGGAGCGUGAUAGUAUUAUGCAAGACUUCCGUCAGGGCAAUUCUCGUGUUCUUAUUUCUACUGAUGUCUGGGCCCGUGGUAUCGAUGUUCAGCAAGUCUCUCUUGUUAUCAACUACGAUCUGCCUACCAACCGUGAGAACUACAUUCACCGUAUUGGUCGAUCUGGACGAUUCGGCCGCAAGGGUGUGGCCAUCAACUUUGUUACCAGCGAUGAUGUCCGCAUCCUUCGCGACAUCGAGUUGUACUACUCGACCCAAAUUGAUGAAAUGCCAAUGAACGUUGCGGACUUGCUUUCAUAAUCCCCAUUGCCU